UUUGAAUUUAUCCGUUUUAAACUCUAAAUCACCUGUUCAUACGUGGUCGUCGCAUUAAACUGUGAUUCUUAACUUCUUAUAAUUUUUCUGAAUAUUUAUUUUAAAUAAAACAAUGGCUGAGAAGACUCACACAUCAAGAUUGUCUGCAUACAAAAAUACUGGACAGGGAACGAAUGAUCUUCGUCGUAAACGUGCUGAGUUAAGUAUCAAUCUCCGUAAGCAAGCCCGAGAUGAACAGCUUCUUAAGAGAAGGGCCAUGUCCCCAGAGGCCAAUGAAGAGGUCCAAGAUACGGAGAAGCUCAUGACUCCCGCGCAGAUUGUCCAAGGUUUAAGGUCAUCAGACCUCUCAAUCAAGACAACAUCAGCUCGAGCUGCCCGUAGAAUGCUCUCAAAGGAACAGAAUCCACCUAUUUCCAUCAUGGUUGAAGCUGGUGUCAUCAGACCCUUGGUGGAAUCUCUGGAUAGGGAUGACUGGUGA